AAUACACCAGAAAGAGGCGUGGUUCUGCCUGUACAGAACGUUGCUACGUGUUCGGUUUGUUACAGGAACUCGGGAUCAGAGUUUUGGAGUUUGCUGUGGAAUACAGUGUAUUACGGUUCUGGGAGAUUCAGAGUUGAUUGCUGUUUGUGCAGCAAAAUGUUACCAACCACAGCGUAUUCUACCCAAACCCAGGGAAACGGAUCUUUGAAUUCCAGAGAUGCUGCGCGCCAUACAGCUGGAGCAAAACGGCACAAAUACCUGCGCAGGCUCUUCAGAUUCCGAGCCAUGGAUUUCGAGUUUGCAGUGUGGCAGAUGCUGUACUUGUUCACGUCUCCACAGAAGGUUUACCGGAACUUCCACUACAGGAAGCAGACAAAGGAUCAGUGGGCCAGAGAUGACCCGGCGUUUCUUGUGCUGCUCAGUAUCUGGCUGUGUGUCUCCACUUUAGGGUUUGCUUUCGUGUUGGGAAUGGGAUUCCUGGAGAUGAUUAAGCUACUUUUAUGGGUCGUCUUUAUUGACUGCAUAGGUGUUGGACUUCUGAUCUCAACCUUAAUGUGGGUUAUCUCCAACAAAUACUUAAUGAAACAACAGAGCAAGGACCACGAUGUGGAGUGGGGAUAUGCAUUCGACGUGCAUCUCAAUGCCUUCUACCCACUGCUGGUCAUUCUGCAUUUCAUUCAGCUGUUUUUUAUUAACCAUAUUGUAUUUAUCAACCAUGAUUGGUUCAUUGGUUGCCUUUUUGGGAAUACACUGUGGUUGAUUGCAGUUGGCUAUUACAUCUAUAUUACUUUUCUUGGUUAUAGUGCAUUGCCCUUUCUGAAGAACACAGUAAUUAUGCUGUAUCCAUUUGCACUCCUGGUUUUACUGUACCUGUUAUCAUUGGGAUUGGGGUGGAACUUCACCAAAGGACUUUGCUGGUUCUACAAGUUCAGGGUACAGUAAAAGUCUGAAAUGACUUCUUAAAAGGACAUGAAUAAGCAUUUUGUUUUUGUUAUGGUGCAGCAUAGGAUGUUUUUUUUUUUGUAAAACCUGUAAAUAAACGUUGGAAUCCUG